AUGGAUUCGAUUGCAGUAAAAACUUGUAUCUCCUUUCUUUUAACGACAGUCGCUGUACAACUCGUAGAUGGACGCAUAUUCGAUCGAUGUUCCUUAGCUCGAGAGCUGCAAUCACUGGGAGUACGACAGCAAAAUUUACCCAAUUGGGUUUGCAUUGCGCUGCACGAAAGUAACUACAAUACAGCCGAAAUAAGCCCGCCGAACCCAGAUGGCUCUCGCAAUUGGGGUAUAUUCCACAUAAGCGAUCGCUUUUGGUGCGAUCCCGAAGAUGGUCGAGAAACUGCAAAUGCUUGUCGAGUGUCCUGCCAGUCAUUGAUUACGGAUGACAUACGCGCAUCUGUGACUUGCGCACAACAAAUCAUAAGAACGCAAGGGUUCACUGCAUGGAAUACCUGGAAUAAUGACUGUGGCAGGGGAGCGAAUGUGCCGAAUUUAGACGAUUGCAAUUGAAUUGAAAUUAAUUGUAUCUUUGAGGGCCAAAAAUAAAUUUAACUAUUAAUAAUAAAAAUUGUCUAAACCCAUG